GAGGGCAGAACCAGUGAUGUCAGUCAGCACAUCUUGAAGAUAUUGGUUGUACAUGGAGCUGAAGGUGGAGUGGAUGCAUCGAUUAUCCUUGAAGGUAUGCUCCAGCCUAGGCCAACAUGUGACCUCUGCUUUGCUCUGAGUGCUUUUCGAAAGGCUCUGUAGUCGUGUGAAUGUGGCAGUGUACAGGGUGUUCAGUAGCUGUUCCAAGUAGGUCUGAACUACUUAACCACUACAGGCUCAAACACCCACAUUUUGGACGCACCAUCCGCUAUCCAUGUACGUAUUCUGAAUGUCCAUGUACAUUUAAGACAUGGAAUGCUUUAAUGGUACAUCAGAGUAGAGUGCAUUCCACACAAUAUAAUCAGACACAAAAAGAGUUGUCUGUGUUCAGCUGUCACUUAUGUCCAUGCAAAAAUUUAGCUAAUGAAAGGGAGUUUUUUGUUCAUAUAAACACACAUCUGAAGAGAAAUGAAAACGUCAGUUGCGUGUUUGUUGGCUGUAGUUUUCAAACCACUGUUUAUGGGACCUUUAAAUCACAUAAAAGUCGCCGACACACACCUCACACAUUAACUGAUUUCUUACCAGGUAUUGUAAAAACAACUGCAGUAGCAUCUUCAUCUCCAUUAUUAGAUGAUUUGUUUGCUGAUAGACAGGAUGAAGAGUGUGUGGAAGAAGAAUCUUCUGAUACAUCUCUAGAUCAAUAUAAGGCACUUCCAAGUGUAAUUGAACAGCAGCUUGCAGCAGCCUUGCUGAAGUUGGAAUGUUUAGUCCAUGUGCCAGGUACAGCCAUUGAUGAAUUUUUACAAGAACUUCACUACUUGAUAAACUCUGCAUCAGUCCCACUAUCUAGAAGUGUUGUAACUAAUAUACUUCAGCAUUACAACCUACAAGUUGAUGACUCUGUAGUUAAAGAAAUCACCAAAGCAGUGUACUCCUCGAACCCUGUUCCAAAAGCAAUUGAAAAAGGUGGCCCUCUUAGCACUUCAUAUCAACGCAAACAAUAUUAUAAGGAAAAAUUCUGUGUUGUUGAACCCUUCUUCAAGAUGUUAAAACUCUUGAGGACCAUGGUGUGUAUGUGCCUUUAUUAGGGACGUCUCUUAAAAGGACAGUGCAGAGUAUUGUGGCUGAUAACUUGGGAGCACACGGUAUUGCUGGCUUCAUAGAAAGUUUUUCUGGUGAUUUCUUCUGCCGCUUUUGCACAGGAAAGAGUUGUGACAUCCAGAGUUACUGUGUUGCAUCUGGUGCUUUCAACCUUAGAACUAAAGAGGGCCAUGCAGAUCAUGUAAAAUCAGCUUGUGAGAACAACACACAUUGCUUUGGAGUUAAGAGAAAGUGUUUUUUUUUUUACCAGAACUCUGUCUCAUUUUCAUGUUGUCUCCGGUUUUCCCCCAGACGUUGCUCAUGACAUUUUUGAGGGUAUAGUGCCUGUCGAGCUGGCUUAUUGCUUGUCAUCAAUGAUAUCAAAGAAGUUAUUUACAUUGGAUGACCUCAACAAAGCUAUACUGACUUUCCCCUAUAAAUGAUCAGACAAAACAAACAAGCCACAUAUUGUACCACAGAGUUUCUUGGGUCGGAAAACUGUUGGCAGCAGCGCUCAUGAAAAUUGGAGCCUACUGAGGUUACUCCCAUUUGUGAUAGGACCUCUUGUGCCACAAAAUGAGCCAGCAUGGCUUGUGUUGAUGUUGUUAAAAGAUAUUGUGGAGUUAGUUGUUGCUCCCGUGCAUACAGAUGAAUCCAUCUCAUACCUCGAAAGCAAAAUUGUUGAGCACAGACAUAGGUACCAAGAGCUAUUCUCUGGUGUCAGACUGUUACCCAAACACCACUAUCUUGAGCACUACCCGCAGAUGAUAAGGUGUUUUGGCCCUCUAGUCGCAGUUUGGACAAUGCGAUUUGAAGCAAAACAUAGUUUCUUUAAGAACAUUGUGAAACACACAAGAUGCUUCAAGAAUGUACCUCUGACUUUGGCUUCAAAACACCAAAUGAUGAUUGCGUUCCACAUAAACUCGCUGUCCUAUGCUACAUCUAGCCGAGAUGUAUCUAAUGUAUCCACAGUUCCAGUUGAUGUACUGAAGCAGGAAGUGGCUGAGGCUAUAAAGCUAAACCAGAACUCCUGGGCCCAGGGGGGCGACCAGGUCUGGGAGCUGUUUCUACAGAGUUCCAGCCAUGCUUGGAUUCACGAUGCCAGCGUUUUACAAGGUCAUAUGAUGGGGCAUCAUCACCAUAAGUUUCUUUCAUUUCAUAAAAAGUCUUCUGUGGUGUGCGUCCUUUCAAAUACAAAAACCGGACAACUGCACGAAACUCGACAGGCUCAAUUUCACACCUGACUCAGUUCAAAGAUGUAUAAAUCAGAAACCACAAUUAGUUCACAGCUGUAAUUUGCUGCAUAACCCAUAGAGAUAUAAAUCAUUGCACUUGCAAAAUUCCAACUAGAUCAGACAACUGGAAGUGGGUCAGGGGCAUUACUUAUUGAACGCCCCUUGUACUCUCUUCACCAGAGUCAGGAUCAUCCAGCUCACGGUCAUUUUGGCCCCGCAUCUGUCAUGUUCCUCAGUUUUGUUAUGAUGCCGAGUUGAAACUUGAGCAGGGAAAUGCAGCUUACAGGGAAAAGGGUACUUUGCUUAUUCCAGAUCCUAAACUGAAGUCAAACAUUCUUGAAGGCUUAGUGCAAGAAAUAGUUAAGUACAAAGUUUAUGUUACUGACAAAGACUUCAACACAGUUGGAGAGGCCCUCAUUUCAAAGCACCCUUGUCUGACUGAGAGAGGCUCCCUUAGUGGAUAUGCUGGAUGGAAAUGUAGCUUGAAGAAUAAACUGGCAAUCUACCGCACUCAGCUGAGAAAGCUUGGGUGUCCUGAGGUUACAAUAAACUCUCUCAAGCACAAACCAGAGGGCAAAUCGAGCGCUGCUUUCGGCAUUAAAAACCGAGAAGGUCCGAAGUGAACUACUGCCCUCCGUAUCCUACUAGAGAAUCUGAGAAGAGCCUUGAGUGUGUGAGAGUGGAGCUUCUUUCAGAUGUUAAGAAGAACAACAAGGAGGUGGUGAGGAUGAAAAUGGCAAAGACAUUUGCAUGUAGGAGACAUGAAGUGGUUCGUGACACACCAGUGAUAAAAGAUUUCCAGGAAAGAUGGCCAGCACUCUUUGAAGGAGGCGAGGUAUGUGAUUUAUGAAUUUACACACUCAGACACACAUUAACAAGCUAAAAUUAAAGUUAUCUUUAUGAAUCCAAAUUGUUGAGCCAUGUACCUUAAUUUGGCAUAUUCUUGCAAAUUUAACUGCUGGCUGCUUAGCAACACCCCUGCCAAACUCUCUCUGUCUCUCUCUCUCUAUAUAUAUAACAGGGUAGUAAUUGAUUUCUUUUUUAAACACUUCUUUAGUAAUGAAAAACAACUGAUAAGAGCAGUGGUAUUAAUGAAAUCCUAAUGAUGCCCAUCCCAAAUCAUAAUCCAAGUUCAAUUUGGUAAUUUUCCCUUAAAGGUUUUUGCCUUAAAGAGGACAUUCUUUAAAACUUGUCACAUGCAUAUAGUUAUCUACUGGUACUGUUGACAUAGGAUUUUAAAUUGAUGUACAUUGACUGAGAAGCAGCAAGUUGCUUCUGUAAAACAUUUUGAGAGGAUAAAUGAUAUUUUAACUAUAAUCAUGACAUAAGACCACUAGAAAAUAAAGUAAUAAAAUAAUGACAAGGCACUUGUGGAAUUACUCUGCUACUGUACAAAUCUUCUAAUUUAACUUAAGAUCGCUGUUGGUCAUGGUAGUUUGAUUAUUUUUUCCCCUUUAAUGAAUGCCUUUUGAAAUUGCUGCCAUAUAGCAUGUUGAUGUCUGUAAUCAUUCUCGUUGUCAGAUAAAUGCUGAAUUCAAGCGCAUCAUGACAAUGCCCCUGCAGUCCAGAUUUCUCUCGCAGUUAGAUGUGCACUCCGUGAAACUGACCAAGCUGUUUAAAAACAGAGGAGGACAAAUAGGCAGACGCUUAAAGAGCAUCAUGGCACCCAUGGCUGAAGAUGGUGAUGUUGAUUUGGGACGCGAAUGCAUCAUCAAGGCACUCUGCAUCUAUCUCAGUGAGGACCCAGAAAAUCUUGUGAGAGAGUAUGGGGUGAGUAUGAUUACUGAGGUUCAGUAUGUCCAGAUUUUAUCUUUCAUUUUUUGUAUAAGCUCUAAAAUGUCUUCUUAUUGAAAUUACAUAAGUCAGCCAACCCGUCGGACAGCAAUAUGGUAGUGAUCUUAAUAUUAUCAAAAUGGGUCGGUGUGUGAAUAACCAGUUUUAGAUUUUAUAGGCAAGUAGAUUAAAAUUAAUUAUUUGCUAUUGAAAAGUACAAUGUGGUAGAGCUGUAACAAUUGUUACAUCAUUAGAAUUGUUUCAGACAUUUUUACAAGUAAAAAUACCAAAUGUUGGCUAUUUCCAGCUUUUCAAAUGAAGGAUGAUUUCCUUUGUCAUAUAUGAUGAUUACCUGAAUAUCUUUGAGUUUUGGACUGUUGGUCGUAUAAAACAACUUAAAUGUUACCUGGGAAAUUAUAAUAGACAUCUAUGUUCUGACAUUUUAUAGGUGAUACUGUUAAUCAAAAAAUCAUUAGAUUAAGCAAUAAUGGAAAGUGAUUAAUUUUCACCCAUACAUUAUGAUACGUUAUUUAAAAGACAUACUACAUACCAGCAUCAAAUUCAUAAACAUUAACUGACAGAAAUCAUUUUGCAGGUUGGAUUUUUUUGUUAUGCUGUUCAACUUUCAAACAUGUUUCUUCCCAACGUUAUUUUUCGGAAAAAUUAUUAAACAAUUUAAAAAUGUUGUAUUUGAGUAACAGAGUACCCCCAACCCCCCCACCACGCAUGUAACCAUGCAACCACAGCACCUAAGCCUUCCAGAAAACUAGGGAAAACACUCCAGUCCUAACAGUGUGGUAGCAGUCAUCUGAGAGUUUUUGUUUACCUGCUCUUGGUACUUGUUGGCUUUAUCUUGACCUUUGAACUGUCUCUUAUUGUUGAUAAAUUGCUCUCCUCAGAACCUGUCCUUUUUAUUCUACAACUUCACAUUUCUCACCAUAACCUUAACCUUUGCAUCCAAGUUCCUUCUUAGAUAUGAGUUGGUUUUUUGUUUUUUUUUUGGUUAUUUUUUUUAAGAGAACUGAAACAGAUUUUCUGCCCUUGAAGGGUUUGGGGGUGAUUUUCUUUACUGUGAAUACAUAAGAUUGGAAGCAAGCCAUUAUUUUUUUAGAGCAAUUUUCAGCAUUUAUUAGAACAUUUUCUAUGCUGCAUUUAAUUCUAUUUUUUUAAAUCUUUUGAACAAAUGAGUUGUGUUCUUGUCAGGUUGUAUCUGCAGUUGAUUGUGUUUACUACGCUGUAGUGCGAGUGGAUCCAGUUUUGUUGCUUUGCUUGAUAAUAUUUGACCAGUUCUAUCUCCUACUUAGGGUAAGAGACAUUUGCUCUCCAGUGCUAUGGUGGGAAGUACGUAAGAGGUAUUUGCACUACGUGACAAGAUGAUGUAACCUGUUAAUUUCAUGGUUUUUUUCAUAAAAACAAAUGUUCUAAGGACCUGGAGUGUUACAUUAUAGGUUCCAGCACGGCUGUUUGUUACGCACUGUCUUGAUAACAUAUCUUAAGGUGUUAAUGUGAUAAUUUUGAAGAUGUUCAGUUAAAAAAAAUUAACUCACUAUGAAUCACCAAAUGAGAUAACACAAUAGUGACUGAGCCUAUGGCCCACAAUUAAUAACUGGUAUGGGGUCAUACCCAGGAAAAAAAUUGUAUGAAACCAGCAAUAGGCAAAUUUGAACAUAGAAUGCAAAACUUCUCACCUCUCCAUCUACAGCCUUCUUUAGCUGCUGUAUGAUUCAUUUAGAAAAAUAACUGCUGGUAGGUGUUACCAAAUCAACCAGCACUGCAAUCUUUGAGAUUAUCACUUUAAAGUAUUUUAAAGACAAUGUGCUUUUUCUGAUGUUUUCUUGUGGAAAAUUGUUACACCAAAUACAAGUUUUGCGAUGAAGUGGUGAUGUUUGUUUGUUUAUUGCCACAUAUGCUUUUUUUAUUUUAAGCAAAUGUUGUAGGUAAAACAUUCGGGUGGAUCAAAUGGACAGAUGUACACAUACAUUUCUUAAAUUACAGAUUGGCUUAAAAAAGUAAUUUUAACAUGUAAAAAAUGAAUAAUCAAAGUAUACCAAAGUUUAUAACUUGGUAGUGUAUGAUUUGCUUGUGGAAGUUAGGUCGACUUCACAUAAAAAAGAUAUGUUGGCAGAACUGAUGAUAAUUUAAUAUCAUUAACAUUAAAGAAAAGCGUUAAGUUAACAUUUAAAAAAUUGUUACUUUAGCAUAUGACAAUUAAAUAUACUUAACAUAAAAAAUUAGGUUAAUUUAGCAACAAUUAAACAUACUGAAAAUCAUGUUACUUUAGCAUGUGAUAAUUAAAUAUACUUAACAUUAAAAAAGCUUUAAAUCAAUAUAAAUAAAAGUCAUGUUGGUUCAACAUAUAAUAAUGUAAUGUGUAGAACAUGAAUACAUAAUUUUGAGUAAACAUGACUUUAAUAUGUGCAACCGGUGUCCAUAUUUUUUAUGUAAAUCCAACAGACUUUUUUUCAGUGUAGAGGUCC